AUGCCCGCCGGGAUGUUCAGCAUAGACAGUAUCUUGUCCGGCCGACCGAGCUGCAAGGAGCCCCUUCUGCUACAUAGGGGCGGCCCAGUAGUGCUGUCCGCCGGCCUGACGGAUUCUAUCUACACAGACUAUAACGGACUGUACUCGACCACAUGUGGACCUUCUCCCCCCGGUAUUCAGUCUGUGAACGGGACCAGGAUAGGAUAUAACGGUUAUUACUACGGACAGCUGCAGGUCCAGGGCGCUGGAGGAGGACCGCCGUGCUGCGGCUCUGUGCCCGGCCUCAGCCCACAGCAGUGCCCUUGCAUCCCAGCAGGCUACGACAGCACAGGCUCGGUGCUGAUCUCUCCGGUCCCUCACCAAAUGAUGUCCUACAUGAACAUGGGCAGCCUGUCACGAACCGAGCUGCAGUUAUUAAAUCAGCUGCAUUGCCGGAGGAAGCGAAGGCACCGCACCAUCUUCACUGACGAGCAGCUAGAGGCUCUGGAGGGCCUCUUCCAAGAGACCAAAUAUCCGGAUGUCGGCACCCGAGAGCAACUGGCACGCAAAGUGCAUCUCCGAGAGGAGAAGGUCGAGGUUUGGUUCAAAAACAGACGCGCAAAGUGGAGGAGGCAGAAAAGGUCUUCAUCAGAGGAAUCAGAGAACUCUCACAAAUGGAACAAAUCGACCAAAACAUCUGCGGAGAAAACCGAGGAGAGUAAAAGUGAUGUGGAUUCGGACAGCUGA